AUGCUCCUGCUGUCGCACGCGACGCUGGCCCGUGGGGUGACCCUGCGCAACCUGCAGCUGCCCGACCUCAAGUUCUCGACCGUCGAAGUCGACGCCAAACAACCGCCGGCCAGCGACGCCGUCAUGAUGUGCUUCACCGUGCGCCACUGCAAGACGCCGCAGGGCCGUGGGCGCCGUUCCGUGUUUGCGUGCCGUCACGCAGACUACGUGCUGUACGCGGUGGGCGCCGUCAUGCUCUGGCUGCACUGGGUGUACAACAUCGCCGCUGAGCGACUAAUCAUUCCCCCCUUGGACUUUCGAAGCACACCAGGUUGGCACGCCAGAUACCUCUUCUUCCCCGUGCUACAGGGGUCAUCGAAGCGGAUAGGCCCCUCCGUGCAUCAUGAGUGGUACGCCAGGACGCUCGAGGCCACACGCGUCGAGUGCCGACGCGUCGUGCACUGCCCGCGGGAGGCCGGAGCGCAGUUCGGUGCUAGGGCAGGCUUGGCCCCCUCGGAAAUAGCCGCACUGGAGGGUUGGGACGACAGCAUCAUAAGCAUGCGGUACUGCAAGACGGUGCCCGUGCGCAGCGCGCUCGUGAUGGCGGGUUGCCGCCAGGGUCUCCCGGGCGACUACCUGUUGCCUCGCACCACCGUCCCCUGCUCGACGGAGUUGGCGUCACACAUCGCCGACUGCAUCUUCACCUCCCUAGCCUCUCUCCUACUGCCACAACUGUUGCUGUGGGGAAGAAUGAGUUUCCACAAUGUCUCCGUUGUCCCUGCAGCAUCAGUUGCGGUCCAUGCCGCAAUUCUGAAAUCUUUCAGCCCACCCUUGAGAGCACACAGGCUCAAGUUGCUGAAGAAAGAGAGCGAGGAGGAGAGUGAGAAAGAGGGCGAGGGUGAGGGUUACAAGAACGGUUGCGAGAAGGAGGAGAACGAGGAGGGUGAAGAGGAGGAGAGCAAAGAGGAGGGUGAAGAGAAGGAGAGCGAAGAGGAGGGCGAGGAGGAGGGCGAGGGGGAGGGCGAGGAAGAGGGCGAGAAAGAGGGCGAGGAAAAGGGUGAGGAGAAUGUAGAAGGAAGUGAUGAUGAAGAAUGUGCAUCAAGUGAUGACGAUGUUCAAGAGGUGCUACUGGUGUGA